AUGGGGUUGUGUAGUCUUUAAAUUUAAUGAAUAGAAUUUAAAAUAUUUAAUUUUCGUUAACAAGAAUUUCUCAGUUAUUAUUAUAAAACCAUAUACAACAUUUAAAAACUAUCAGAAUAAUUGCGUCAAUUUUUAGAUUCUGAGCGAAUGAGUAAUCUAUUGGUAUUACAAUAAUGUUAAUUAUUAUUAUUAUUUUUUUGAUAUGUAUACAAUUUCUACCAGAAAUCUUGCUUAAAUUUUCAUUUAUAGCAUUAUUACAAUAAUAAGAAUAAUAAUUACAAAUAAUUCCAUACCAGGAAUUAUUUGUAACAAGGAAUUAAUAAACUGACAAAUAGUUUCAUAAUUGGUGGAUUCUAGUUCUUUACAUGCAACUAAAUAUGAUUUACCUAUUAAUAAAUUUGCAAUAGCCAAUCCUACGAAAAUAGUAUAUUUUAUUUUAUUAGAAAUUAGAAAAAUUAUUUAUACAAAACCUUGGAUCCAAAGUUACCACAGAUACAAAAUACUAGAUGGCUAAUUUGUUAUACACCAAGGUACUAAAGUUGAAGCCAGUUUUCAUAUAUGUGUUGGGCAAUAUUUACAUUUUUCAAUUGUGGUUAUAAUUUUAUCACACGAAUAUAAUAUAAAAUUUUCUUAGGGUGGUGCUUUACGGAGGUAAUUUUUUGAUUUCUCAAUCAUUAUUCAUUAUCCGUGUUAGGUUAAAGUAUGAACACUAUUCAGUUGUCUGACACAUUUGUCAUACUACCUAUUUCCUACCUAUUACCUAGUAAGUAAUGCGGUUUUUACUAUAUGAAAACUUUUAAUUUUGUUUUUUUUCUCAUAGAAAAAGUAUUGAAUAUUCUGGUAAUCCAGUACUGAGGUCAGCAUCUUUUCAUGGCCCAGAUAUGUUUUCACAGGAUGAUGAGAGUGACGCAUGGGAACAGAAAAGUUUGCAUUAUCAACCUGUGGAUGAUUGUCAUAAACUACCACAACCACCAGCAGUGAGUGCUGAGUACAUUAUAUUAAUACAAGUUAGGGUACAUGAUCAUUUUCUCUGUACUGUUUUUGUUCGUAAGUCAUUGAUAGUAAACUGAAAGUAAAUGAAGUUUUCACACUAGACAGUUACCACAGUUUCCAAUAUUUGUGUACAUGGUGAUACAAAAGCAAUAUGGCAAUGGUAUGUUUUCAACUCAUGUUGCAAGAAAUUAGAAAAAUUAUUUAUACAAAGCUACCACAGAUAUAAAAUACUAGAUGGCUAACUUGUUAUACACCAAGGUACUAAAGUUNCUACCAGAAAUCUUGCGCAGGUAUAUAUGAUAAAAGACACAUUUAUGGAAUAAAAUUUUCUUAGGGUGGUGCUUUAAGGAGGUAAUUUUUUGAUUUCUCAAUCAUUAUUUGUUAUCAGUGUCAGGUUGAAGUAUGAACACUAUUCAGUUGUCUACACCUCAAUGUGCUGACACAUUUGUCAUACUACCUAUUUCAUGUAUUGUUUUGUGGUGAUGUAGCGCUCUGAUUCAAUGGUUAAAUUCUGAGCAAUAUCAAAUGUCAAAUUGAAUGGCACACAAUAUCUAAAGCGAACAUACCCAUAAAAUUACAGCUUGCUCUGUUUUGCAUGGGUUCAUGCAUCAGAUGCAGAUCGUGUCAACAGUUGUGUAAAACAGCUGUCUGGUAAAGCAGCUUGUGGCAUUAGAUUUGCAUUAUGUAAACUCAGCUUAAGAGAUAUUUUUGACCAUAGCACAAAUAACAAUUGAUCUUAGGAUAAUCCCUAUUUGUAUGAGACAUAUGUGAUCAUAUGUGAUAACUUGUGACCUAGCAAGCAGCUAGACCUUAUUUUGUAAUAUUGUGACACAUAUUUUCUAUUCAUUUAGGAAAAGUGAUUAAAUUAUUACACAUAAUAUAAUAUGUAAAAUUUGAUUUGUUUUUCGUGUACUUAAUAUUUGAAUUGUACAGUAAUAUUUAUAAUAAUGUAUGUUUAUUUUUACAUAUUAAAUACUAAUUAAAGUUUUUUUUUUUUUUAUAGUUCUUGAAACUGUUUUAUUCAAAGACUCUGAUUACAAUGAAGACCAUUCAGAAAACUAAAUUUGAUUAA